CCGAAGUUCACAUUAAAAUUCUCAGUGAGCGUGGCAUGCGAAGAGGAGAUAGGAUAAAACACAAAAAUGUCUUGGAGUGCCGCUUCUACUUCGUGUUAUGCCGCUUCAAUAUUCGAUUCUAUUCCUUCUUCUUCUUCUUCUUCUUCAUUGUUCUGUGUUCGUUCAUUAUGCUUCUCAAAACACAGACGUUCAUAUGGAGGAACAUUCAAACAAGCUUUCUCAUUUCCUUCAUCGAAGGAACACAGAUUUCCUCCCUCCUCAUCAACCAAAAGGUUUAUUACUAGAGCCGCCGAAUACAAAUUUCCUGACCCAAUUCCAGAAUUCGCUGAUGCUGAGACGACGAAGUUCAGAAACCAUCUUCUGAAGAAGCUUUCGAAGAAAGAUAUGUAUGGGGAAUCAGUUGAAGAAGUUGUAGGGGUUUGCACCGAAAUUUUCAGUACAUUCUUACACUCAGAAUAUGGAGGUCCUGGGACACUCUUGGUCUUACCAUUCAUUGACAUGGCUGAUACUGUAAAUGAGAGGGGAUUACCAGGAGGGCCACAAGCUGCACGUGCUGCUAUCAAGUGGGCUCAAAAUCAUGUUGAUAAGGACUGGAAUGAAUGGACUGCUUCUGAUUCCAGCUGAUAGAUGAAACAAAGAACCCUUUUUAGUGUUUUAGUGUUAAGUUCAAGUGGUCAAGUGCCAUGGUUUGUAAGAGCUUAUUAAACAGUUUUAACUUCAAUUGAUGAGCUAGUGGUAGUCAAUCCAUUGAUGAUGAGUGUAAUUAAAGUUUCAACUUCUCACGACAGAAAAUUCAGAGAAUUAGGUAUGGAGGCAUGAUUAUUGGCUUAUUUUAAGGUAUGUAUUAAUCACAAGGAUUAUCAUAUAUAGCACUAGAAAUUUUCUUGGAA